UCAGGGGGAAGCAUGGCGGCAGUGGACAGCUUCCACUUGCUGUACGGCGAAAUUUCCCGAUCGUGUGGCGUAUACUUGGAAACGCUGGCCGUGGUGGGCGCUGUGUACACGGCCAGCAGGGCUGUCGUCCUGCUCAGGGACUGCUGCGUGCUGGUCAGGGUGCACUUCCUGCCCCGGAUGAUCCCCAGCAGGAAGCUGACGCAAAGAUAUGGAGACUGGGCUGUCGUUUAUGGUGCAUCGGAGCCCGUGGCGCAGGCGUACGCCGAGGAGCUGGCCCGGCAAGGCGUCAGCAUCAUCUUCGUCACGCAGGACCGGGCCACCGUCGGCGACUUUGCCGCAAAUCUGUCCCGGAGCUACGGCGUGGAAACCGUCCCGGUCCACGCCGACCUUUGCUGGGACGAGGCGGCCGGCGAGCCCGUCAAGGAAGCCCUGAGGGGCAAAGAUGUGGGUUUCCUGGUCAACUGCGUGGACGAGGCGUGCGCGUCGCCCCGCGAGCUCGUGGAAAUGUCCGAGCGCAGGCUGAUGGAGGUGACGGCCAAUAAUGUCGCCGGCGCCACGCUGCUGACCCGCUUGGUGCUGCCUGGCAUGCUGGAGCGCGGCCGGGGGGCCGUGGUCAACAUCUCGUCCGGCGCCUGCUGCCGGCCGCCGCCUGGGAGAGUGACGCUCACCGCCGCCACCGGGUACUUGGAUCAUUUCUCCAGAGCGCUCCACGUCGAGUACGGCGCGAGAGGGAUCUUUGCUCAAAGUCUGCUUCCAUUCCAGAUGGCCUCCAGUGAGCGGCGUCCGGCGUCGUCCACGGAAGGCUGGUUCGCGCCCACGCCGCACGUUUACGCGCGCCACGCCAUCUCCACCCUGGGCGUGUCCAACCGGACCACCGGCUAUUGGCCGCACACGCUGCAGUAUGGACUGAUGAGGUGCAUCCCCGAGUGGAUUUGGGUUUUGGGCUGGCGAGUGUUCAUCGGUUAAAAGCGGAUCGUCUUGGCGGCGUCGUCCAGACAUUUAGAUAAGAACACAAGUUGUGUUGUAACCUCCCAUUGGUGUACAGUCAGUAAUACAGGGGUGGUCAAAGUAUAAAAGUAAGUGGCCAAACAUUUCCCACAGAUACACUCCCAACUUCUUGAAAUGCUAUGUUGCCACAAAAAUUGUAUGCACGGAAAUGCAUUGUUUAUUAAAAAAACAAAUAGGUGUUUUACCCCUAUAAGCACCAUAUAUUCCGGCUACUAAUAUCUAGAUAUUUGGUGCAAUUAUAUUUGUGUACGACGUUUGACAAUACAAUAGUGGUUCUUAUUUUCAUUGUCACAAUAAGUGUACAUUUGCUCACAGAAAGGCAUUAUUUUCUCAUCAAUAUUUGAUCACACACACACAAAAAAAAAGCUACAAUAUUGUGUUUUGCCUUGAAAGCAUGCUAUUUGUUCACAAAAAGGCUAUAUGAUUCAAAGAUGAUUCAAUUUGUCAUCCACUUUUGACUCCUUUUUUUUUUUUUUUUUUUUCUUAUUUACGAAUGACCCGACUGACCCGUGUGGCCCUUGAGCACAAAGGUUUGCCCACCCCUGGUGUAAUAUGUCACAGUGUCACGCGUUGUACCUUUUUAAAAGUGCUGCGAAUCAUUUGCGCACGCUCGUACGUGGUCGCCGUGCCAUCAGCUGGAGCUUAUCCACCCCUCACCUCACGUCGCCACCACCGCAGACGCUUUGCGCUCACCUUGCGCGCACGUGGCGUCAAAACAAAUGGUUAUUAUUAUUAUGUCUAUGUAUCAAAAGUGUUCUCUGUCAAUUGACUGUCUGUUGUGGUACUAGAGCGGCUCCAACUACCGGAGACAAAUUCCUCGUGUGUUUUUUGGACAGACUUGGCAAAUGAAGAUGUUUCUGAUUAUUUGGGAGGAAUAAAGUAUUCAAAAAGAAA